CAGAAGGUUGUUAGAGUUAGGGUUUGUGUAGAAGUUUGAAAGGCAACGUGAUAUCCAACCAGUUUCGUCUGUCUGGCGGCAACGAAACAUAACACAGAACAGAGGAGGAGGAGGAGAGAUACUUCCGCAGAAACGCUCUUCUCUGGCUUGGUCCAUUGGCAGUAAGCCCUUUAUACGUAUAUUCUGCAAAUAGAAUCGGUUUUGAUAAUAACAGGGGUGAGAUGUUCGAUUGUUCUGGUUUUCUCUUUUCGGAGGUCGUGUAGUUUAUUCGAGGUUUCUGGUGCCCGGCCAUGGGAGUGGAACUGGCGAAUCAGAAGGCAGAAUUGACAGUAGUCAUGGAGGAGGACGGUGCUGAUUUCACGGAUUCAGAGUUGGUGUGUCGUGUCCGCGACGCCCUCAAAUCAGUCUCUCUGGGUGACAGUGACGAUUACAAUCAGCUUGUUGGUGUUAUCCAUCGCAGGGAAUGCUUCCACCCAGAUGAGGUGGCACUACUUGUGACAAGUUUAAAGGCUUUGUCAGGAGCAGUUUGCUACAUUGAUAGCGUUCACCAUGAGUCUCUUCUUUCUUCAGUAUUUAGAAUGAGCAUGUGGAACUAUGGGCCUGACGUGAUGGAUGCAAUAGUUGAGCUAAUAAUAUCCUUGGCUGGUUCGAGUGGAAAAUACGUUGAUUCAUGCUUAGACAUGCUCAUAUGCAAUUUUAUCCCUCCACAUUCUUUCAAAGAAUUGCUGAAGCAUCCACGUGGUCUUGCAAGAAAGGACCAAGUUCUUUAUCGUGUGCAUUCAGCGUUGAAAGAUAUUACUGAUUUAGUGCCUCUUGCACCUUUACGACUAUUGCCAAUAGUUAUCCAGAGAAUGCCAAAUAUUUAUAGCAACGAACCUUUGAUUGUGAUAUAUGUGGAGAACAUGUUAACAUUGGAGAGUGGUGCCAUGGGAGAGCUUGUUGGCAGCAUGAUGCUUAUAGCAGUGGUCGAUAGGUUGAUAGAUUUGGACGUGGAGAUAGAAUGGGAUGAUAUUUUGAAUGAUGAUUCUAGUAAAGGCAUGUUUGAGAUGGAGCUUGAAGAGGUGGAGGAGACCAUUGAUGAUAUUGAGGAAAAAGUUGAUGAGGUUCCAGUAGAAUUUUCAAGACGUAAGGGUUUUCGGGGAAAUGUAGUUGCUGAAAAGUUAGAUAGCUUAUUGGUCCUUAUGUUUGAGCACCUUAAUUCUUGUUAUGAUGUAGGACGUUUGGUUAAGGUAUUUGAAACUCUUCUCCAGUCAUUUCAGCUAACCGUCUUGAGUGCUUACAAGUCAAAGUUUGCCCAGUUUGUGAUGUUCUAUGCUUGUUCACUUGAUCCUGAAAACUGUGGCAUGAGAUUUGCUGAUAUGCUUGCAGAUAUUUUUAUGGGCAGUGCACUCCCCCCUAUUAAGAGGAUGAGUGCUGUUGCUUAUCUUGCUAGUUAUUUGUCUCGUGCAAAGUUUUUGUCAGUCUCUUUUGUUGCCAACACAUUGCAAAGGCUGGUGAGAUGGUGUUGGGAAUAUUGUGAAGAUCACAACGGUGAUAUUAAUCCAAAAGCUCACAGAGUUUUUUAUUCUGGAUGUCAGGCAAUCAUGUAUGUUCUUUGUUUCCGCAUGCGAUCCGUGAUGGAAAUUCCACGUCUCAAGUCGGAACUUCUUAUUAUGCCUAUAGAGGCAUUAUUGAAGCAUCCUUUGGACCCACUGAAGGUGUGUCUGCCAUCUAUAGUGGAGGAAUUUCUUCGGCAGGCAAAAGCAGCUCGCCUGUUUACAGUGUCAGAGAUUUUUGUCUUUAAUGACAUGCUGGAAUCAGAACUUUCGAGAGCUUUUGGUGGGAUGGAAAGGCUUGACAUGUUCUUCCCAUUUGACCCAUGUUUGUUGAAAAAAUCUGACAGAUUCAUUCGGCGAAGCUUUGUGUACUGGUCAAUGGUAAGAACUACAUAUGACGACGAUGACUAUGAUUGUAGCAGUGAAGAUGAUGUUGAGGUUUGUAUUGCUGGGAGCAGGAAGGACAAUGCUGAUGAUGAUGUAAUGGCUAGGAGUUUGGGAGAACAUGACCUGGAUUUUGACGAAUUUGACGAAUCAUUGAACAGAAUGUCUAUCACCCCCAAGAACUUGUCGAAGUAUCAGUUUGGUGCUCAACAGCAUGGUGCCAUGCAAAUGCCAUCAAGAAUCAGGCCUUCCACAAGUCCAGAAUCCUUGUGAUGAAGGCAAGCAAAUGGACGAUCCGGCAUCUGGCUGCAGUGGAGUUUCUUAUAUGUUGCAGAGUUAACAAGUGUCAGCUGUGUACUCAGGUAUCCUGGAUUUCUGUCAGCUUGGGGUAAAUAUUAUUUGCCUUUUCUUUUUUGAAUUUCUUAUAGUCUGAGCAAAUCAGUGACAUUUGUAAGAACAAAAUGGGCGGCAGAGUCGCAGCUGUCAGCUGAUGUAAUUUUUUGAA